GCGACUACGUCUCCCAGCCUGCCCCGGGCUCCGCUUCGGCGGGGAGUGCGCAGGCGCAGCAGAGGCCGGCUCGGUCUUGUUUGGGGAAGCAGAGGCGGAGGAAGGAGCCAGGCAGCUCUCGGCUUUGGAAAAUGGCAGAGAAUUCCAGCGACAGCGAUUCCUCGUGUGGUUGGACCGUCAUCAACCAUGAGGGAUCCGACAUUGAGGCCUUGGUCUCCGAAGGCGAAGGACUAGGCGUCUCCGCAGAGCCAGAGCCGGAGGAGCUGCCGCCGCUCCUGCAGGAAAGUGACCAGCAAGAAGAGCCGGCCCUGGACUUGCAAGCUGAAUUUGGCCAAGGCGACGUGUCCUCAGUGGCCGACCAGAGCCCCUUGGAGACCACCAAGGCCGCCCAGGAGGAGGGUGCAAAGGGGCCCUUGCCGGAGGACGGGGCCUGCCUGGGGGCCCUGAGCGACGACUCGGACAUUGUGACGCUGGAGGCCCCCAAAGCGGAGGAAGGCCUUGGGAGCCAAAGCGAGGCCCUGGAAGCGCCUGCGGAUGACGGGCCCACGGCCACCGACAUGGGCUCCGACAUGGGCUCCUCCUUCAGCAGCCAGUACACCUUCUGCCAGCCGGAGGCAGCCAGUUGGCUGGAGGUGCUGCAGAGGAUCCCCUCCCGUGUGAGCGGAUGGGCCUUCCCCCCUCCCCCUCCCCCUCCGCAGGAGUCCAGCAGUGACGAGGGUGGCCCACGCUCCAGCCCUGCCUUGAGGCGUCGCCGGGCCAAGAAGAGGCCCCUCUCCACUUCGGAGUCGGAGGACACCGCUGCGCCGUCGCCGCCGCCGCUUUGCGAACCGGAAGUGGAGCCGCAGCCCCCCUCCCGCAGGACCCCCUUCGUUGGAGGCAGCGGCCUCAACCGGUGCAUCCUCCUGGCCCUCCUGGUGGCCGUCAGCAUGGGCUUUGGGCACUUCUACGGCACCAUUCAGAUCCAGAGCCGCCAGCAGCUGGUUGAGAAGACCCACUUGGACGAACUGAAGGACGUGAAGGAGGACCUGAUCCACUGCCAGCAGGAGCAAGGGAGCCAAGCCGGAUGCCAGGGCCGGGCCACGGCCUCCCUCCCACCUCCACCACCUCCUCCUGCUCUGCCCCUGCAGGAAGGCCUGGCCGCUUGCCUACGGGCCACCGAGGCCGAGAAGGCGGCCUUUGAGUCCCAGAAGCUGCUCCUGUCCUCGGAGAACCUCCGCUUGCGGGAGUCGCUGGAAAAGGAGGAGGCGGCCCUGGCCUCGCUGCAGGAAGAGCUGCGCAAGCUGCGGGAGCGGAUCCGGCUGCUGGAGGAGGAGGAGGAGGAAGAGGGGAAGCGCCCCGAGGCCGCUCCCUCCGAGACUCAGAGGCUGAAGGCGCACCUGGAAGAGGAGCAGCGCCGGGCACAGGGCUUCGUGCGGCAGAAGGCGGCGCUGCUGGCCGAGGCCCAGAUGCUGCGCCAGGAGCUGGACAAGGAGCGCCGGGCGGCCCUGGCUCUGCGCGAGGAAGUGGAGCGCAUGAGCGCCGCCGAGACUCCGCAUAAAGAGCAGGACGCGGAGACGGAGCGGCUGAAGGGGAGGCUGGCCGAGCUGGAGAAGCGGCUGCACUUUGAGGAGCAGCGCUCGGACCUGUGGGAAAAGCUCUACGUCGAAGCCAAGGGGCAAGCCCAACAGCAGCAGCAGCCACCAUUGGAGCCCAAGGACCGGCGCAAUGCCAAGAAGAAGUCCCCGUCACCACCGCCCAAGUCAUCCUUCUUCGGCUCCGUCAAGGAGACCUUUGACGCCAUGAAGAACUCCACCAAGGCCUUUGUGCGGCACCACAAGGAGAAGAUCAAGCGCGCCAAGGAGGCCGUCAAGGAGAACCUGAGGAGGUUUUCCGACUCGGUCAAGUCCACCUUCCGGCAGUUCAAGGACUCCACCAGGACCGACACCGGCGCCGCCUCCGAGGGGAAGCGGAGGCACGGAGAGAAGCGGCGCGAGGCCCGCAAAGGCCGGCACCACGAGCCUCCGCAGCAACAACAGCAGAGGGCCCCCGGGGGCCACGGAGGCAAGAAGUGUCCCGGGAGCCCCAGCAGCGAGCGCAAGGGCCCCCUCCCGCCCCCCAAGGGUUGCCUGGGCAUCUUCGACUGCGCCCGGCAAGAGUUUGCGGGGCUCUUUGACCGCGUCCUGGGCCCCAUCCGGGCCGACGAGUUCCACCAGCUGAUGCACAAGUUCCUGCAGCAGGAGGUGGGCAGCUUCCGCCACUGGAGAGAGUUGGAGGCCUUCCUGGGACGCUUCUUCCGCAACGGCGUCUUCAUUCACGACCAGAUGCUCUUUGCCGACUUUGUCAACGACGUCAAGGACUACCUGCAGGACAUGGAGGAGUACCGCGGUGGCGCAGGGGCCUUCGGGGACCUGGACACCUACAUCUACCAGUACUACUUCCACUACGAACCCGCUCCGGAGCACCACGGAGACAGCCACCCUGCCAAGAAGGCGCAGCAAGAGCGGAACCCCCCGAAGGCCCAUCAUCCUCAUCAUCAUCAUCCCCAGCGCCAGAAGCGGGAGGGUAGCCGGUGGCAGAAAGAGGGGCGGCACACGGCGAACCUGGAGAUCGAGGUGGGCCAGAUGCCCUUCCACCCAAAAUACUGAGCCACUCCUCCUCCGACGAGAUUUACGAGAAGCCCCGCUGCCUUUGGGGGGGGAGAAGAGACGACACCAGAGGGGCCGAAGCCACCCUUGACCCUUCCUUCAACCACCAAGGAAACCCCCCUCCUCACUCCGGAGAAAUGGGCACCACAGCAACUACGAUGGCAAUAAUAAACAGGCCGGGUGAGCA